CUCCCUCCCGCCCUCUCUGCGUGUGUGUGACUGAGAGAGUGUGAGUGUUAGUUGCAGACUCGCAGGCACGACUUUUCCCUUUUACGUGCAGCCACCCUCACCCACCAGUGGGAAGGAAAAGACGGGAAACUCCGGCGGGGGGGGAUAAGCAAGCAGGCAGAUUUGCAGUUUCUUCUCGACAAUCCCGGCAGGCAGGCAGGAAGGAAGGAAGGAAGGAAGGCAGGAUGAUCGCGGCUCAGCUCUUGGCCUACUACUUCACAGAGUUAAAGGAUGAUCAACUCAAAAAGAUCGACAAGUACCUCUACUCCAUGCGGUUGUCUGAUGAGACGCUCAAGGACAUCAUGAACCGCUUCCGCCGGGAGAUGGAGGACGGCCUCGGCCACGGCACCAACCCCACCGCCACCGUCAAGAUGCUGCCCACCUUUGUCAGGUCCAUCCCUGACGGAUCAGAAAAGGGGGAUUUCAUCGCUCUGGACCUCGGGGGAUCAAACUUUCGGAUCCUGCGAGUCAAGGUGACCCAGGAUAAAAAACAACCGGUCCAAAUGGAGAGCCAGGUCUACGAGACCCCCGACGACAUCAUUCACGGGAGUGGGACUCAGCUCUUUGACCACGUGGCAGAUUGCCUCGGCGACUUCAUGGAGAAACAAAAGAUUAAGGACAAAAAGCUUCCCGUCGGAUUCACCUUCUCAUUUCCCUGCGCCCAAACCAAACUGGAUGAGGCCGUCUUAGUGACAUGGACAAAGAAGUUUAAGGCCAGCGGUGUGGAAGGCAUGGACGUUGUAAAACUUCUUAACAAGGCCAUCAAGAAACGGGGGGACUAUGAGGCCGACAUCAUGGCGGUGGUGAACGACACAGUGGGAACCAUGAUGACGUGCGGCUUUGACGAUCAACGCUGUGAAGUGGGCAUCAUUAUUGGAACCGGAACCAAUGCCUGCUACAUGGAGGAAAUGCGUCACAUCGACCAGGUGGAGGGCGAUGAAGGUCGAAUGUGCAUCAACACGGAGUGGGGAGCCUUUGGGGACGACGGCUCCUUGGAGGACCUCCGUACGGAGUUUGACCGUGAGAUCGACAGGGGGUCCAUCAACCCAGGAAAGCAGCUUUUUGAGAAGAUGGCCAGUGGCAUGUAUAUGGGGGAACUGGUGCGACUCAUUCUGGUCAAGAUGGCCAAAGAGGGUUUGCUGUUUGAAGGACGCAUAACCCCUGAGCUCCUGACAAAGGGGAAGAUUGAGACCAAGCAUGUUUCUGCCAUUGAAAAGACUAAAGAAGGGCUGAAGAAGUGCAUGGAAAUCCUAACAAGGCUGGGGGUGGAGCCCUCUGAUGAAGACUGCCUGGCCGUGCAGCACGUGUGCACCAUUGUGUCGUUCCGCUCGGCCAAUCUGAUCGCCGCCACCCUGGGCGGCAUACUCUCUCGCCUGAAAGAGAACAAGGGGGUGGCUCGCCUUCGCACCACCGUGGGCAUCGACGGCUCUCUCUACAAGAUGCACCCUCAGUACGCCCGCCGUCUGCACAAGAUGGUACGUCGCUUGGUGCCAGAUUCGGAUGUCCGCUUCCUGCUGUCAGAGAGCGGGAGUGCCAAGGGCGCCGCCAUGGUGACCGCGGUGGCGUACCGCCUGACGGAGCAGGCGCGGCAGAUCCAGCAGACCUUGGCCGAGUUCCGACUGAGCAAAGCCCAACUGCUGGAAGUGAAGAAGCGCAUGCGAGUGGAGAUCGAAAGGGGCCUCAAGAAGGACACUCACCAGGAGGCCACGGUCAAAAUGUUGCCCACAUACGUCCGAAGUACACCGGAUGGAACAGAGAAUGGAGACUUUCUCGCCCUGGACCUCGGAGGGACAAACUUCCGUGUGCUUCUAGUAAAGAUUCGCAGUGGGAAGAGGCGGUCUGUGGAGAUGCACAACAAAAUUUAUGCCAUUCCCAUAGAGGUUAUGCAGGGCACAGGAGAGGAGCUCUUUGACCACAUUGUGCACUGCAUCUCGGACUUCCUGGACUACAUGGGAAUGAAGAGCGCUCGUUUGCCUCUGGGUUUCACCUUUUCCUUCCCUUGCCAUCAAACCAGCCUGGAUGCAGGAAUACUUGUGACCUGGACCAAAGGCUUCAAAGCCACUGACUGCGAGGGUGAAGAUGUGGUGGAGCUUCUGAGGGAGGCAAUCAAGAGGAAAGAGGAGUUUGAGCUGGAUGUAGUCGCAAUCGUCAAUGACACAGUGGGCACCAUGAUGACAUGCGCAUAUGAGGAACCUACCUGCGAAGUGGGUCUGAUUGCAGGGACGGGCAGCAAUGCCUGUUACAUGGAGGAGAUGAGGAACAUUGAGAUCGUGGAGGGGAAUGAAGGUCGAAUGUGUGUCAACAUGGAGUGGGGGGCGUUUGGAGACAAUGGCUGCCUCGAUGACAUCAGGACCCAGUACGACCAGGCGGUGGACGAGAACUCGCUCAACGAAGGCAAACAAAGAUACGAGAAGAUGUGCAGCGGCAUGUACCUGGGAGAGAUUGUCAGGCAGAUCCUGAUUGAUCUCACCAAACGUGGAUUCCUUUUCCGGGGACAAAUCUCUGAAACGCUAAAGACUAGAGGCAUCUUUGAGACGAAGUUCCUGUCUCAGAUCGAGAGCGAUCGUCUGGCUCUGCUGCAGGUCAGGGCCAUCCUGCAGCAGCUGGGGCUGGACAGCACCUGUGAUGACAGUAUCAUCGUGAAGGAGGUGUGCGGCACCGUGUCUCGCCGCGCUGCCCAGAUUUGUGGGGCCGGCAUGGCAGCGGUGGUGGACAAGAUCCGCGAGAACCGGACACAGGACCAUCUAGACGUGACCGUGGGCGUGGACGGAACCCUCUACAAGCUGCACCCACAUUUCUCACGGAUCUUCCAGCAAACGGUGAAGGAGCUCUCCCCUAAAUGCGACGUCAACUUCCUGCUGUCAGAGGACGGCAGCGGGAAGGGGGCUGCCCUCAUCACGGCGGUGGGCUGCCGUCAGAGAGAGCAAGAAGCUCAGCAGCACUGAGGUCCUCCUGGAAAGUACGAAAGAAACCACCCGCUGCUCCAUUGCCACCAUUCACCCCGCCUACCCCCCGACAGCCGUGACUCUGGCUCUGGGGUCCAAACACCCACCACCAGACCACCGCCCCGCAGCCAGGGCAGAGCACAACAAGCACCCCAAGCUCUGCAUAUUUAUUUUUCUGCACCAGCAGCUUUCUUGUGUUUGAACAUUCUCUUUGGUAGUUCGUCAUCGUCUAAACUCCGUAGGUGUGUAAUAUUUGUGUAUUGCUAAUUUUAUUUUUAUAUGGAGGCAAAUAUAUGACUAUUUAUAUAGCUGAGGCCACUUUUGGAUCCGGUAGGAUUUUACACCAGAGAGACAAGAAAAUGCCUGCACUUUUUAUACACACGCACACACACACACGCACACGAGCCUAACGGGCCACGGCGUUCCCAAUGUACCUUUCGAAACGCCGGGCAACAAGUGCUUGCCGCCGAGUCACGGCUGCUCCAUUCCUCCCCAUCACAUCACGUGCUAUGCUACUCACCAGAGAUUGGGGACUCGAGUCAUUGCGACUUGGACUCGAGUCACUGUUUUCAUGACUUGUGACUUGAGAAAAACAAAAAGACUUGAGACUCGACUUGGACUAGGGAGUUAAAGACUCAGGAGUUGCCUUGGCUUGAGACAUGCUGUGUUGGGAUUUCCCUACUCCCUGAUUUUGAAAUAGUGGAAUAUAUAGUUCACUAAAAAGUCCACUAAAACCCCCCAAAUAGUGGGUAGGGAGUAGGGAAUGCAUGAAUGAUUACUCCCUAAUCACGAUAUAGGGAUUUUUCUACAGUUCACGCAAAUAAAACAUUCUUUUGGAAAACGGUUCUUACACCAUCAAUUACGUCAUUGCUGUUGCAUAAAUACAAUGUAUAAUAUCACUUUCUGUAAUAAAUAAAGAACAAAUAAGUUAUAAUUACAUUGCUUUAAGAUGAGUAUACUUUACAAAUUAAUACAAACGAAGCACUUUAUGCCAUCCGUACUUUUAUUAAAGACAUUUUCGUGCCACAACUUUUUUCUCAUAUUGGCACAAUGCAUCGCGAGAUAUAUUGCUUUUCUAGUGACCAUCGGUUGUUCUUGUGUUUGAGCCAUGACAAUUUCCAAAGACGUCCACUUGUAUGCCUUUCUGUGGCUCUUCCAGUCUCUCUGUUUCAACCUGGUGAUGACACUCUGUGACUCGAAGCUCAGUGGCCAAAGACGCCUCGUACUGUUGAUCAUUUAUUAGGCGUUAUCUUGGUCUCAUGAUGUCAAAAGGUCAACAGCAUGAUGAAGAGGACUGUUUAAAGACCGAUUCUAAGUGAACCGUGAAGUUAAUUUGUUCAUUCGUAGAUCAAACACCUCUUGUGAAUUUUCCCAUCCAGCUCCUUGUUUCAGAACAGCGAGUUGUGCAACAAGUACUGAAACAUUGACAAGCUGGACAUGUUCAUGCAAAGGUUUUCAGAAGGUCAGGUUACAUGAUGAAGCAUUUUAGGUUCAUUCGGAAAUUUCCCCCAAAGCCAAAUACUGCAUCCCUACCUUUUUGAGUCCCUGCGACUUGACCUGAGAAUAACCUGUGACUUGACUGUGACUUGAAGGUUAAGACUUGAGACUGGCACAUGUGUGACUUAAUCCCGACUCUGCUCCUGACCGCAGGUUUGAUCCGUAUCGGUCACAUGUCCAAGUAGCAAGCGGAAAAUGUUAGCCUUAGAUUAGAACAUAUUUGUGAACUAACUACGCUUUGUUGUCGUGAUGAAUCGCGCAUCAACUCUGACCGGGAGAGGUGGAGUACUACUACUGCUGCGAGCGCUUUAUUGUGUAUUUUGUGUCAAGAGUGUGUACGUGUGUGUCAGACCUGUACGCUUUCAAUGUCUAAAGCUGUGUGGAGACUGCAUGCCUUACACGCAGACAAAAGAGGGACAUAUGAGACAUGAUGCAUUUUGUUUCAUUUGGAAGAAGAACACAGUGAAGUCAGUUCACGAUUAAAUUCUAUUUUGUUGUGGAACAAA